UUGGAACGCCGUCUUGGCCGCGCAAGCGACGGCUUCGAGGAACUGCAAAAACUGGAGGAGGCUAGCUGUAUCCCUCGGCUACUGAAGGGCGGCCAGGCCAAAUGCUCAUAUCAAAGAAGUAACCAACGAGCGGUUAAGCAAGUCGACGAUGGAAUGCUCCUCCUGACCAACUUCAACGGAACUCUAAGAACGGCUGCAAAGAACUACGACCUGAUCGGCUCCUUUAUCAUCCAAUUCGACAAUGAGACGAUAAUGGUCAACGGUCAAAACUAUUCCAGUUACUCGGUCAGUCAUCUAAUGGCGAUGCCGGCCGUGUUGAGCCACAUAACGGCCAGCAACUUUCAACUUUCUCUGGAAUACGUCCACGACGUGAGCAUGAAGAAUUUGGAAAAGAUGUCCAACAUGGCGAGUGAGCUACUAGCCUCUCUUCUCACCGAGGCGGCACUCGCAAUCUGCAUAUUCCUAGGCUUUUAUUUCCUAUGGAAGAAGCUGAUGUCCACCAAAGGCAUGCCCGAUGUCCGCGAGAUUGCCGCAAACUUAGAAGUAUUGGGCCAAACCGAGCUGAACAAGGCUCACUAAUCUGCGGGACGCAGAUCUUGAGGGGGGAGGAGUUAUGAACCCUCUUCUUGCGCCCUUCG